UGUGCGUGUGAGUGGCGAGUGAGUGUGCGUGCAAAAGAAAGCAGCUGGUGGCAGAAUCUCAAAUAUUGCGAGGAAAAUUAAUAAACAAAGAGCAGCGCUCACGGGCAGAGCACAAAUUGCCUGUUCGCUCGUCAAUUGCCGUUAAAUAAGUCAACAAUUGGCAGCCAAAGACGCCGCUCUUCGUCGCUGUGUGUUUUUUUCGUCGCUGCACUGCGCCCAUCACUUUUGUUUCUGCCGUCCAAACGUCACGUCACAGAAUCGUAAAUUGCUCCGCGAGAAAAGCUCGGAAAAUGCAUUUAUAAGCAGCCAUAAGUGCCGAGUGUGAUAUAAUAUAGGCGAGGGCUCCAAUUUGAAAACCCCUCGGCGGCCCCACAGCUUCAACAUGUCUUCGAAUGAGGCCUACCACGAGCCGGGAGCCGGUGGAGAUGGACCGAGUGAGUCCGCUGGUGGAUCCGCUGGAGGCAGUCAGCGGAGCAACCACCUGCACCACCAGCAGAUACUCAACGAGACGACCUAUCUAAAACCCGCCGCCAAGCAGGCCUAUUUCAGUGAUGAGAAGGUCCUAAUACCCGAUGAUGAUCACACAAAUGUCGGUUUCAGCUUUCGCAAGCUGUGGGCCUUCACGGGACCCGGUUUUCUUAUGUCCAUUGCGUAUCUGGAUCCCGGCAACAUCGAAUCCGAUAUGCAGUCUGGUGCAGCGGCCAAGUACAAGAUCUUGUGGGUCUUGCUGUGGGCCACAGUCUUGGGUCUGCUCAUGCAACGCUUGGCUGCAAGGCUGGGUGUCGUCACAGGUCUUCAUCUGGCCGAGAUGUGCUACCGACAAUACAAGCGCCUGCCACGUUGGAUCCUCUGGAUAAUGAUUGAGAUAGCCAUUAUUGGCUCCGACAUGCAGGAGGUUAUUGGCACGGCCAUUGCCAUAUACCUGCUGUCCAAUAAAGUAGUGCCUUUGUGGGGCGGCGUGUUGAUCACCAUUGUUGACACCUUCACGUUCCUCUUUCUGGACAAAUACGGUCUACGCAAGCUGGAGUUCCUAUUCGGCACGCUCAUCACCAUUAUGGCUGUCUCCUUUGGAUAUGAGUACAUUGUGUCAGCCCCCAAUCAAGGAGAAGUUCUCGAGGGGAUGUUUGUGCCCUGGUGCUCUGGCUGCAAUUCGAGCGUCUUGCUGCAGGCGGUGGGCGUAGUAGGUGCUGUCAUUAUGCCCCACAAUCUCUACCUGCACUCGGCCUUGGUUAAGUCCCGGGAUAUAGAUCGUCGCCAGCCAAAGAAAGUGAGCGAGGCGAAUUUCUACUUCUUUAUUGAGGCGUCGGUAGCUCUGUUUGUCUCCUUUAUUAUCAAUCUGUUUGUGGUGGCUGUGUUUGCCCAUGGCAUGUAUGGCAAAACGAACAAAGAUGUGCUGGAUGUGUGCGAAGGCAAGUCAAUGUAUGAUGAUGCCAAACAGUCGUUCGUGGACAGUGUGAACGGAACAGCCAUCAUCGAUGCAGAUCUGUACAAAGGUGGACUGUUCCUUGGCUGCACCUUUGGCGCCGUGGCCAUGUACAUUUGGGGCGUGGGCAUUCUGGCCGCGGGUCAGAGCUCCACCAUGACGGGCACCUAUGCGGGCCAGUUCUCCAUGGAGGGAUUCCUGAAUCUACAGUGGCCGCGCUGGUGUCGUGUGCUGGUCACGCGCUGCAUUGCCAUCAUUCCCACCUUCUGCCUGGCCAUGUUCAGCCAGAUGGAAGAUCUGACGAGCAUGAACGACAUCCUAAAUGCGGUGAUGUCGCUCCAGCUGCCAUUCGCUGCCAUACCAACCAUCGCAUUCACCUCGUGCGGCGCCAUAAUGGGCGAAUUUGUCAAUGGAUUGGGCAACAAAAUCGUUUCCAUACUGCUCACCAUUGUUGUGAUUGGCGUUAAUUUGUACUUUGUGGUGGUGCAGGUAGAGAACAUGGAAAUUAAAGGCGGCCUGCUGGCCCUAGUCUGCAUAUUUGCCAUUCUGUAUAUACUGUUUAACAUAUACCUUGUGAUACACAUGGCUGCUUGCAUGGGCAAUCAGCGUCUGAUGAACAGCCGGUGGGUGCAGCGCUUCGUGUUGCCAAGUCAGAACAGCUUUUCGAUAAAGAACGCCAACUCGACGUAUGCCAGUGAUGUAACCUUAGUUGUAGGCGAAUCAGCUACUAACACGGUGAAAGGUCUCGAUACCGUCUCGGAGAAAGUGCCUAACUGAAUCAUCCCGGUGAAUCAUUCAGGCCAGACUCCCCCACACACACCCUUGUGAUAUUAACACUAAAUCACACGCUUAACACUACUAACAAGUACCUAGUAGGGCUCUACGCAACCCUUAGAAUUUGUAAGGCAUGUCUUUAGGGGAACUACGUUUGUACAUACAUAGAAUACAUUUACCCAUCAUCGAUGGGGUCCUAUAGAUAGUAAGCGUGACUCUGGUAAGUCUCCACUGAUUGUUUUAUCGAGUAACGGGUAUUAUGUACUCAUAAGGCUUUGGCGCUUAGCAUGUUAAAUAAAAUUGCAUUUAUCACUAAGUAUUA